AGUGCGUCGUUUGAAGGCGGAAGCUGAGAAGAAGAAGACGUUGUGUAAAUAUGAUGUGUGGCAUGGCUGCAGGGAAAGUGAAGUUUCAAAGUUCAACCUGCACAACAGACAGACGUGCGUCGACACUCUGAGUUGAAUCCACAACAUGGCUCAGCUCACUCGUGUCUCAGGGUCCGUUGGUUUGAUCACUCUUCAGAAUCCUCCCGUCAACGCGCUCAGUGCGGCGGUGAGACAGGGUAUCGUUGACACGGUGAAGAGAGCACUCAGUGACCCGGAGGUGAAGUCGGUGGUUGUCUGUGGCCAGAAUGGAAUCUUCUGUGGGGGAGCCGACAUCAAGGAGUUUGGGACCAACAUGUCCGGGCCUCCACUUGUGCCGAUGAUCCACGCCAUCGAGGUUGCAAACAAACCGGUGGUGGCAGCCAUAGAGGGCAGCGCUUUUGGCGGAGGCCUUGAGCUGGCACUUGGCUGCCAUUAUCGAAUUGCACACUCAAAAGCCAGACUGGGGCUUCCCGAGGUGACUCUGGGUCUGCUCCCAGCUGCAGGAGGAACCCAGCGUAUGCCGAGGCUCAUCGGGGUCCCAGCUGCCUUAGACCUCAUCACCACAGGCCGCCAUGUCACUGCUGCUGAGGCGCUGCAACUCGGAGUAGUGGAUCAGGUUACUGCUCACAACACCGUUGAUGUAGCAGUGAAGUUUGCUCUGAGUGUUGCAGAAAAACCGCUGGAUGGCCGUCGUAUAAGCACCUUUCCGUGUCCUCGCCCGUCCAAUAUGGAUGCUCUGUUUGACGGCGUGAUGCAGAAGGUGCGACAAAGUGCACGCGGAGCCAUAGCACCGACUGCAUGUGUCCAGGCGGUCCGAGCGGCUGCCACCCUGCCCUACGAUCAGGGCAUGGAGCGGGAGAAAGAGUUGAUGGCCACUCUCUUCACCUCAGGCCAGGCCCGUGCCCUGCAGUACAGUUUCUUCGCUCAGAGGGCCGUCAGCAAGUGGAGCAUGCCCAGUGGAGCCCGCUGGGACACGAGCAAACCUCGGCCUGUGCAUAAAGCAGCUGUUAUCGGGCUUGGCACCAUGGGAAGAGGUAUAGCAGUGGCCCUGGCUCAGACAGGGUUGUCUGUGGUCGCGGUGGAGACCCAGGAAAAGCAGUUGAUGGGGGCCAAGGAGGCGGUGUCGGGCAUGUUAGAGCGAGGGGCUAAGAGACGUGGUGUGGCCCCCGCACUUGAUAAAAUCUGUUACAGCCACGACAUCCAGGCUGUGGCAGAUGUCGACCUUGUCAUUGAGGCUGUGUUUGAAGACAUGGCACUGAAGGAGAAAGUCUUCCAGCAGCUGUCUGCUCUUUGUAAACCAGGCACGCUUCUGUGCACCAACACCUCUGGGCUCGACGUGGACCACCUGGCCUCUCAAACACGCAACCCGGAGCUGGUGGUGGGGAUGCACUUCUUUGCUCCUGCUCAUGUCAUGAAGUUGCUGGAGGUGGUGUAUGGAUCCAAAUCCUCUCCUCAUGCUUUGGCCACUGCCAUGCAGCUGGGAAAUAAAAUGGGCAAAGUCUGUGUGGCUGUUGGAAAUUGUCGGGGCUUUGUGGGGAACCGCAUGCUGAAGCCUUACAGUGAGCAAGCUUUCUUCCUGCUAGAAGAGGGAGCCACACCUGAGCUGGUAGAUCAAGCUCUGGAGGAAUUUGGAUUUCCCAUGGGCUUGUUCAGAAUGUCUGACCUGUCUGGGCUGGACGUGGGCUGGAGGGUCAGGAAGGCAGAUGGGCUGGGAAAGUCUGUUGGGGCGUCAGGGCACCAAGCUAGAAUAAGACAAGGCAGCCGCUACAGCCCUCUGGGAGAUUUCCUCUGUGAGCAGGGACGCUUUGGUCAGAAAACCGGUAGGGGAUGGUAUCAGUACGAAAAACCCGGCGGUCGGGUCGCCAGGCCUGAUCCUUGGCUUCACAGCUUUCUGGAGGAGUACCGAGCCAGGCACGGCCUGGUGGCACGCCACAUAGACCACCAGGAGGUGCUGGAGCGCUGCCUCUAUGCCAUGAUCAAUGAGGGCUUCCGCAUCCUGGAGGAUGGAAUAGCUGCAGGACCUGAAGACAUAGACAUCAUCUAUGUGUUUGGCUACGGUUGGCCCCGACACCGCGGAGGCCCCAUGUUCUAUGCCAGCAUGGUGGGGCUGGAGAAGGUGUUGGAGAGGCUGGAGUAUUACCAUGAGGCUCACCCCGACGUGCCUUACAUGCAGCCCUGCGGCCUGCUGAGGAGGCUGGUGGCCAGUGGCAGCCCACCUGUCCACAGGUGGAGGGAAGUCAUGAAGAAACCCCACAGUCAGCUUUAAAUGUCAUACACCUCAGCUUUAAUAUCCUUAUACACUAAUUUUAAACAAUUAUGAACUGGUGAUGUGUUUUUCAACUUAAUUAUGAUGCUUAUUGAUUUCUGAUAUUGUCGUUUUUGUGAUGAAUCAUUUUAACAUCUUUCUCUGGGAAGUAGCCUUGUGAGCCUGCACCGACUGCAUCUGUACAUUCCUGCACCAUCCUAUGGAAAAUACAAAGGUAGUAUAGCUUAUGUUUCUGUCGAUUCUGUGUCAGAGAUUUUCAUUCUACUCAGUACAUACCGAUUGUAUUCUUGUUUCUAAUGUCUUAUCUGCCUCAUGAAUAUAAAUGGGUAUUAACAAAAUAUUAGAAACAUCUUUCCAUGUACUGCAAGUACUGCCAAAGCGAGAACAGCUGAAUGAAAACACCUCAAUAGUGUCAAACGGAACUUAAAUUAAGUUUUAGGAUCAAACGUACAAGGGCACUAUAUUGGAAUGAAUUAGGUUUACCUAAUAAACUGGUAAUUCAAUGGAUAAUAGCAGCUUGAAAAAGACUUUAUUAAUACCAUUUAUAACAAAUAUACACUAAAACAAUGACAAUGUAAAACACAACCAAAGAGCUGUGAAGUUGCUUUGACCAAAAAGUGCAAGUUAUUAAAACAACAAUAUAUCUAGGAAAAUACAGUGAUGUGAUUUAACUCUGAUGUGAUCUGAACAAAUAUAUAUGAA